UUCUCUUAAAUGUCAGCACUCAGAACAGAGCUCCAGACCUUAUUUUGACUCUGACUCUUUGAGUUCUGGAUCAUUUGGAUCAUUUGGUUUUAAUCCUAGUUUGUUAUACAAAGACCUUUGUGAACAUAGCUGCAGUCCAUGUGAAGAAGUUUGAACCAUUAUUAAUCUGAGGAUGACUAAAGACGCAAUAGCUGUCAUUAUCGUGGUCUUGUGGCUGCUCUGCAAUCCGGCGAGGAUCAGGGGAACCGGGGGAUUUCAAGGCGCCAUUCCUCACCCAAAUAAAUACAGCCCAAACCAGUCUGAACAGUCACCGCAGACACCGCAGGCCAGGGGAACGGGACCGCCUUCAGUCGGGGACGAGGUGCUGGACUCCAGCCAGGAGGCUUUACACGUAACGGAGCGCCGUUACCUCAAACUUGACUGGUGUAAAUCGCAGCCGCUGAAACUGAUGAUCUACGAGGACGGGUGCCAGCCGCGCGCCAUCUUCAACCGCUUUUGUUACGGACAGUGCAACUCUUUCUACAUACCUCGGCACGUUUAUCAAGAGGACAGUGCGUUUCAGUCGUGCUCCGUUUGUAAGCCAAAGAGUUUCACUACCGUGACUUACACCCUCACCUGUCCCGGGCAAACUCCCAGCACUAAGAAGAAGCGCGUGCGCCGCGUGAAACAGUGCCGCUGUACUUCUGUUGACUUGGAUUAAACUGGCUGACGUCAAAGUUGUAGGCUUCUUCUGUAUGUUUGUCUGAAAGUCACAAAUUCCUAUAGCUGAAUAAUGUAGGAGCAUGAUCGAUUUGUUUCCUCCAUUAGUUCUUCAGUCAUCAAAAUGUGACCUUUUAUAUUGUGAAGAAAUACAAUUGAUGCAAUUAAAUGUACAAGUUGGAUAAGUUAUAAUACUAUAAAAUAGUGACAUUAAAAUAUGCUUAUAUUAUUAUAUUCUCCACUGUGUGGAGCAAAAUUUGCGCAUUGAUGCAAAUAGCUUGUUUUGUGGCUUGAUUUGUAAUAUAGGAUACAUUACAUACAUAUUAGGCUAUGGGUGUAAAUAAGCAAGUUUUUUCUCUCUUUUUUCAAAUCCAUUCUAUCAUAUUUUUUCCUGGUCUUUAUACAAUACUGCAAUGUAAAACGAAUGUAGUGUCAAGUUUCAGCCUUUUUAAUCAAUUGAUGAAGAAAUUCUAGGUGAACAAACAUUACAGAAAAUAAGUUGGAUGCAUGGAAAAUUGUUUUUGUAUUAAUGGAAACUUUUACAGUGUUGCAUUUAUUGUAAAAGGAACAAUAUUACUGUGAUUAAAUGGCAACAAGAUGUGAAGCAACAUAACGGUCAUCAAUAAAAACGUGA